AUGGCGUGCGGGGCGACAUUGAAGCGGCCCAUGGAGUUCGAGGCGGCGCUGCUGAGCCCUGGCUCUCCGAAGCGGCGGCGCUGCGCCCCUCUCUCUGGCCCCACUCCGGGCCUCAGGCCCCCGGACGCCGAACCGCCGCCGCUGCUUCAGACGCAGACCCCACCGCCGACUCUGCAGCAGCCCGCCCCGCCCGGCAGCGAGCGGCGCCUUCCAACUCCGGAGCAAAUUUUUCAGAACAUAAAACAAGAAUAUAGUCGUUAUCAGAGGUGGAGACAUUUAGAAGUUGUUCUUAAUCAGAGUGAAGCUUGUACUUCGGAAAGUCAGCCUCACUCCUCAACACUCGCAGCACCUAGUUCUCCAGGUUCCUCCUGGAUGAAAAAGGACCAGCCCACCUUUACCCUCCGACAAGUUGGAAUAAUAUGUGAGCGUCUCUUAAAAGACUAUGAAGAUAAAAUUCGGGAGGAAUAUGAGCAAAUCCUCAAUACUAAACUAGCAGAACAAUAUGAAUCUUUUGUGAAAUUCACACAUGAUCAGAUUAUGCGACGAUAUGGGACAAGGCCAACAAGCUAUGUGUCCUGA